AUUCUGGCUCUCACCAGCAUGCAUAACUUGACAUUUUAAAAAAAGACUCGGAACAAACCAUAACCCCAUUGACUAGACUCGUUGUGCCCACUUCAAGGACCGUCCAUCGCGUGCUCAGAUACAUAAACACUCAUAUACAUAUUCAUAUACAUAUUAUUAGCAACGUCCCCGCCUCGUCCACUUCCCCAGACUCCACAAUGGCCGUCGAGACGUCGAUAAACGCAGAGCAACCCAAGCCCAAGGACCUGGAAAUUGCGGAGAAGCGGCCUUCCGUUCCCGGCAGCAUCGACGGGGACCUCAAGGCCGGCCAGGUUGAGCUUCUUGACGAGGCCGAGAUUUUCUUGCAACAAAAUGGCAUCUCUCAUGCUCAGAUGCGCGAGCUCUUUGAAGAUGAAGAUGCGAAGAAGAAGUUGGUUCGCAAGAUCGACCUUACGCUGCUGCCCCUCCUCAUGGGAACAUACCUGCUGCAGUACAUCGACAAGCAGGCCCUGAGCUACGGCGCCGUCUUCGACCUCUUCGAGACGACCAACACGACGCAGAGCCAGUACUCGUGGCUCGCGAGCAUCUUCUACUUCGCCUACCUCGUCGCCGAGUGGCCCGCCAGCUACCUGGCCCAGCACUUCCCCACCGGCACCGUCGUUAGCGUCUUCGUCGUCUCGUGGGGCACCGUCCUGACCUGCACCGCCGCCUCCCACAGCUUCGCCGGCCUGGCCGUCUGCCGCUUCCUGCUCGGCGCCUUCGAGGCCGUCAUCACGCCGUGCUUCAUGAUGAUCGUCAGCAUGUGGUACACCCGGGCCGAGGCGCCCAUGCGCGCCGGGUCCUUCUACUGCUUCAAUGGUUUCGGGUCUAUGAUUGGCGGCAUCCUGUUCUACGGCGUCGGCCAGGCCGACGGCUGGGACGUCUGGCGCAUCAUCUUCGUCAUGUGCGGCGGCCUCACCAUCGCCUGGGGCGUCGUCCUCUUCUUCUACCUGCCCAACAACAUCAUGACGGCAAAGCGGUACACCGUCGAGGAGAAGGCGUUGCUCAUCGCGCGCAGCCAGAGCAACAACACUGGCGUCUUCAGCCGCAAGAUCAAGCCGGCCCAGAUCAAGGAGGCUUUCCGGGACCCCCAGAUCUGGCUCCUCUUCUUCUACACCCUCCUUAAUGAGAUCGUCAACGGGGGUAUUGCCAACUUUGGCAAGCUUAUCGUCAAGGGGUUCACCAAGGACGCUCUUCUCACGACCGCGUACGGCAUCCCCUACGGCGCUUGGGUCGCCUUCUUCAUCUUCACGGGGCCCCUCUGCGCCUCCAAGUUCAAGAACUUCCGCACAAUCGUCAUGAUGACCUGGGUUCUUCCGACGCUCGUUGCCGUGUCGCUGUUCCUGAAGCUGGAUAGGUCAAACAAGAACGGCUUGCUGAUGGCCUACUACAUCAGUCCCUCGUUCGUCGGCGCGCUCGUCGUCGCGCUACAGAUGCCGGCCGCUAACGUUGCAGGCUACACUAAGCGCGUGACCUCGACCGCCUUCGUCUUCCUCGCCUACUGCGUCGGCAACAUCAUCGGACCGCAGGCGUUCCUCGCGUCGGAGGCGCCCAUUUACGGCACUGGGUGCAAGGUCAUCAUGGGCUGCACCGCCGGCCAGGUCGUCUUGGCGAUCUCCAUCAGGAUUCUCCUGAAGCGGAGGAACAAGCAGAGGGAUGCGGAGGCCGAGGCUUCUGGGCAAGAUGAGAAUGACGAAGUGUUGAUGGACUUGACGGACUUUGAGAACAGGAAGUUCCGGUACUCCUACUAAACAAGGAUUGUUAUGAGGUAGUCGGUCGUGGUUGUCUGUGAGAAUUAGGAGUUUGGGUAAUAACCAUGUGGCGGUCCUCAUCUGGGAGAUGAGAGUACCACUGGUUGGGCAUGUUCGUCAUACAUUGGAUGGGGCUAAUAGUUUGAAGGUUAUCGAAUCUUUUUCACUGAUAGUACUCACAUGAUCCUGCCAAGAGUUUAUAGGUCGUAGCCAGACCCGAGUGC